AUGAGAGCGCUUCUGAAAGUUUCAAAUGUGAGGGAAAAGUCCUUUCUUUUUUCUUUUUUUUUUUUAAUUAAUAACUCCAAUCCCGCCAUAAGAGAUAAGCUGAGAAAAUUGUAUUCUGGAUGGGCCAGUAAGAAGUGGGCCUGGCUUAUGGUAUGCGGCCCACUAAUACAAACCAAAAAUAGCAAAAAUACACCCAAAUUCUGUGAAAUGAUUUGGAACCUUAUCCUUCAUUCAUUGGAUAAAGCAGCUUUAGACAUUAAAGUGAUUCAAUUCAACAAACAUUAUUCUGGAGGAAAGAGGAAGAUUUGGAGAUGCAAAAUGGAUGGAUUAAAGGAACUAGGUCUUCCAGUACUGGGAAUAGUUGCUGCUGCUGCUGUUACUUUCUAUGCAGUGAGCUUCUCUGAGCUGAGUGAGAAAUCAUUCAGGGAUUUGGACGAUUCCGAAGAAUCUUGCAGUGCUGGAUUCAAGUCAUCGUUAAGUUCCAGACAACGCCGGGCAAGAAGAAAUGCUGAGAGGAAACAAGCCAACAAGCCUUAA